AUGGUACUCUUUCGGUUUCUGUCAUUUUUGUCCUACUGCUCAGUCGCUUUGGCCUUGACCUACAAGGGCGUCGACUGGUCUUCCGUUCUGCUCGAGGAACAGAAGGGCAUUCAAUACACUGCCGGCGGUUCCGCUCAACCUCUCGAAAAGAUCCUCGCGGCCAAUGGCGUCAACUCAGUCCGCCAGCGAGUCUGGGUGAACCCCUCUAACGGCGACUACAACCUCGACUAUAACCUCAAACUCGCCAAGCGUGCUAAAGCUGCGGGCCUGAGCGUCUAUCUCACACUCCAUUUCAGCGACACCUGGGCUGAUCCUGGCCAUCAGGCUAUUCCCUCUGGAUGGCCUACCGAUAUCGAUAACUUGUCCUGGAGACUGUACAACUACACCCUGCAGGUCUCGAAUGCUUUCCAGUCUGCUGGUGUUCCUCCUGCGCUCAUGUCUAUUGGAAAUGAAAUCACUGCUGGUCUUCUCUUCCCUACUGGCUCGACCAAAUCCUACUACAACAUCGGCCGUCUUCUCAACUCUGCAGCCUACGGUAUCAAGGACUCUUCCCUCAACCCCAAGCCCAAGAUCAUGAUUCAUCUUGACAAGGGCUGGGACUGGGGUACUCAAGAAUACUUCUACACCCAGGUCCUCAACCAAAAGGGUCUUACCCUCGGUGCCUUCGACGCCAUGGGCGUUUCAUACUAUCCCUUCUACGGAUCGGGCGCUACUUUCUCUGCGCUUGAGACUUCACUCACCAACAUGGCCAACAAAUGGGGCAAGCAGAUCUUUGUCAGCGAGCUUGACUGGCCUACAUCUUGCCCCUCCCCUGCUCAGCCUUUCCCUAGCGACAUGAAGAACAUUCCUUUCUCUGCUGAUGGUCAGACGCAGUUUAUUAAGAAGGUUGCUAGCAUUGUUAGCAAGGUCAAGGGAGGAGCUGGGCUGUACUACUGGGAGCCUGCUUGGAUGAACAACCAGGCUCUUGGCUCUUCAUGCCCUUCCAACACUUUGUUUUCGUGGCCUGGAAAGGCUCUGUCAAGCCUUUCUGUCUUUAAGAGCAUCUAG